AAUUCCUAAAAAGAGUGAGAAUUGGUUAAGCUCUCUAACCCACCCUCCUCUGUAGUCUAGCACCCACUUCUCUCCAACCCAUCUAUUAUUAGUUUGCUGCAGCAGAAAAAAGGAGGAAGAAAAAAGCAGUGUCCGGGGGGAGAAAGAAGACUUGCUGAAGUUGCAGUAAUUUUUUAUUUUUUGUCCCCAAUCAAAUUGUUAUAAUAACGUAUUAUAAGAAGUCGUAUAAACCCACAUUUCAAAGCAAGCAAAUUUCUUUGGAUUUCCUCAGUGAAAAAGCAACCAACUUGGAGCUGUCAAAGUCCUCAAGCCGCGCACUGGCUGUCUUCCUGUUUCUGGGUUUUUGAAGAGGAUUAAUGGGGAGCGAGCUUCAGCUCUAAUUUAACCCGAUUUUGGAUUUAAAGGCUGUCCCUUUUUUUAUUUAUUGCUGUUUUUGUGGGAAAUUGUGGAGUAAUUUGUUGGGGAAAUUAGUAAUGCGAAGAGGGUUGAAGUGUUUUUCUGGGUUGGAACCGAUCGGAAAGUUGUUGCCGGUGGUUUGAUGGACCCGGAGUUGUUGCUAUAUGGAGUUGAGGAUUUGGUGUGGCGGAUGCUCUUGUGUGUCUUCUAAGCCGAAUUUUUUGACUAAGCAUCGGAUUUUUCUUCAGGUAAUCUUUUUUAAUUUCUACUCAAAUUUGUUGGAUUUAUGGUUUUGUUCAGUUCAGGUUUUGGGAGAUACUUUUUCCAAACACUUCAAUCUUAUCAUUGUAGUAGAUGACAGAAGGCAAAAAUGGUUAGAGACGGAUAAUGUAAUGUUGGGUUCAGUUGAAAUUUUGGUUUUUGCUCUGUAAAAGUAUGGGAUGUGAGGUAAAAGACUAAUUGGGAUUUUUCAUGAAAUAUCUAAACAGUUUCUACUUCUUUAUCUUUAAGUGGAAGGUAGCAUUUUUAUCGUUGAAAAAUUAAGAUAUGGAAAUUCCUCUUUCUUCAUGAUAGGUAAUUAAUUGAUUUGCCUGACAUUCUGAUAUAUAUUUGGUAAAUUUCCAUUUUAGCUUUCUCUUCUGAUUUGUUUCCUUUUUCUUUUCCGGUUGCUCUUCUAUUACUUUUUUCCUAAUUUAGUGUGAAGAUGAUCUAAUAACAAAAGCGUAUUUUCUGUGGAAUCUCCUGAGAAAUAUAUUGUUUCUAUUAGGUUUCUAUCCUGAGAAAUAUAGACCAUCCCAUACCCAUACUUGCAGCUCAGCAGCUGUAUUGUUACCAUUAUAUUUUAUAUGAUUAGUUGUUUUGGUGUCCUCAACUCCAGUAGUUAUGACAUGGACUUUAAAGGUUUUUCUGACGUUUUUGUGUGUUCAAGCUGUUUAUGCUGCAUUACAUGAUCACCAUUUGGAUAGGAAAGGUCUAAACAGGGGAAGCGAAAAUAUUGAAUCACAUUCAUGCAUUCAUGACGAAAUUAUUGAACAAAGAAAGAGACCUGGUCGCCAGGUGUAUUCUGUAACACCGCAGGUCUAUGAGGAACCUGGGGUUUUGAAGCCAUUUAAUCACAAGGGAAGGGCAUUGCUAAGCGUCUCUGAGUCUUUUAGGCCACAGAAAGAUGAAAAGCUGCCCAUUAGAAUUUAUUUAAAUUAUGAUGCUGUUGGUCACUCAUCUGAUAGGGACUGUCAAAAUGUGGGCGAUGUUGUAAAGCUGGGGGAGCCACCGGGGGCUUCUUUUUCUGGUGAACCUUCUUGUAAUCCACAUGGAGAUCCUCCUGUUCAAGGUGACUGCUGGUACAAUUGCACAUUGGAUGAUAUAGUUGGGGGGGAUAAGAAAGACCGACUUCGGAAGGCUCUUGGGCAGACAGCUAAUUGGUUCAAAAGAGCGUUAGCUGUUGAACCUGUAAAAGGCAACUUGCGGUUGAGUGGAUAUUCUGCAUGUGGACAAGAUGGAGGCGUACAACUUCCUAGAGAAUACAUAGAAGAGGGCGUUGCUGAUGCUGAUUUAGUUCUCUUGGUGACAACGAGGCCCACAACUGGAAAUACUUUGGCUUGGGCAGUGGCGUGUGAACGUGAUCAAUGGGGACGUGCUGUUGCGGGGCAUGUCAAUGUUGCUCCACGUCACUUGACUGCUGAAGCUGAAACUUUACUUUCAGCUACUCUGAUACACGAGGUGAUGCAUGUGCUUGGAUUCGAUCCACAUGCCUUUGCACAUUUUCGAGACGAGAGAAAAAGAAGGCGCAGUCGGGUUACGGAGCAGGUCAUUGAUGAAAAGCUUGGGAGAAUGGUCACAAGAGUUGUGCUUCCUCGAGUUGUUAUGCACUCACGUUUUCACUAUGGGGCUUUCUCUGAGAAUUUCACUGGCUUGGAGUUGGAAGAUGGUGGUGGGCGUGGCACAUCAGGAUCUCACUGGGAGAAAAGGCUUUUGAUGAAUGAGAUUAUGACGGGCUCAGUGGACACAAAAUCAGUUGUCUCAAAAAUGACGUUGGCUUUACUUGAAGAUAGUGGAUGGUAUCAGGCUAACUACAGCAUGGCUGACCGUCUUGAUUGGGGUCACAAUCAAGGAACUGAGUUUGUUACCUUGCCUUGUAAUCUCUGGAAGGGAGCCUAUCGCUGUAACACGACCCAUAUAUCUGGGUGUACAUAUAACCGGGAAGCGGAAGGCUACUGCCCAAUUAUGAACUACAGUGGAGAUCUUCCCCAAUGGGCCCGCUAUUAUGAACAGCCUAACAGAGGUGGUCAGUCACCAUUGGCUGAUUAUUGCACUUAUUUUGUAGCAUACUCGGAUGGAUCAUGUACAGAUAUUAACAGUGCCCGUGCUCCUGAUAGGAUGCUGGGGGAAGUACGUGGUAGUAGUUCUAGGUGUAUGGCAUCAUCCCUAGUUCGUACUGGGUUCGUGCGUGGGUCUAUGACGCAAGGAAAUGGUUGUUAUCAGCACAGAUGUGUUAACAAUUCUCUGGAGGUUGCUGUUGAUGGCAUCUGGAAGGUGUGUCCUGAUGCUGGUGGACCAGUGCAAUUUCCUGGAUUUAAUGGUGAACUGAUCUGCCCAGCUUACCGUGAACUGUGUGACAUAGACCCAGAACCUUUAUCUGAUCGGUGCCCUAAUUCCUGUAAUUUCAAUGGAGAUUGUGUUAAUGGAAGAUGUCAUUGCUUUCUAGGCUUUGAAGGCCAUGAUUGUAGCAAAAGGUCCUGCCCUAAUAACUGUAGCAGGCACGGAGAGUGUCUUUCAAAUGGUGUUUGUGAUUGUGAAAAUGGGUACACAGGCGUUGAUUGUUCUACAGCCACCUGUGACGAACAAUGUAGCCUUCACGGUGGUGUAUGUGACAAUGGUGUUUGUGAGUUCCGAUGCUCUGACUAUGCUGGCUACACUUGCCAGAAUAGUUCCUUGCUUCUUCCAAGUCUUUCAGUUUGCCAAGAUGUGCUUAGAAAGGACGCAGGCGGUCAACAUUGUGCUCCCAGUGAAUUAAGCAUAUUGCAGCAGCUAGAAGAAGUUGUUGUGAUGCCUAAUUACCACCGGUUAUAUCCUAGUGGUCCUAGGAAAGUUUUGAACUAUUUUAGGGGCAAAGACUGUGAUGGUGCUGCUAAACGGCUGGCCUGUUGGAUCUCUAUCCAGAAAUGUGACAAUGAUGGUGAUAACAGACUAAGGGUGUGCCAUUCCGCUUGCCAAGCAUAUAACUUGGCAUGCGGAGCUUCUCUCGAUUGCUCUGAUCAAACCCUUUUCAGCAACGAAGAAGAAGGAGAAGGUAUUUGCACUGGAUGGGGUGAAUUAGAUUCUUGGUUUUGACGACGGCACUCAGUAGGAAACUCUUUUCUCAUGUAAGUAGUUGUGAAAAGAGCCUGUAAAUUAUUAGGCUGAUUUAGUGUGUAGUAGUUUUGUAAUUUUUUUUGUCGCCGGUCUUGUAAUUCCUUUUCCAUUUUACUCGUUAGCUGUAGGAACAGGUUGCAAAAGUUGCACCUGUGGUUUAGGUUUUAGUUUUAGAUUCUUGGUCCUCCCAGCCCAAUUAUGGUUUACAAAAAGAAUUGGGUGGGAGUCUUCAUUGAGACUAUGCUGCUUUCGAAGAUGAAAGCCUAAUGUAGAGAGCAACUAACCAUGCAUUGGAAAAAAAAAAAGAAAAAACCAAAGUAGAGAAGGAUGAGAUGGAGAGAAUGAGCGAGGCCUAAGGUCUUGUUGAGAACAUUAGUUUGUUCACUUUGACUACUACCCUUGUAUUGCUUCUAAAUGUGUAUAAUAGUGUUUUUUACUAAAAUGUAUUAUCAUUUUCCUCUAGUACAAAGUUGUGUGUACAUUGAAAUCAAAAGGUUACU